GCUGCGGGCUCUCAGCAGGCUCUCAGCACUCACAGCAAGCUAAAACACACCGCACGGACAACCGAACACGUCGGACCGGCAGCCCUACGCUCGCGAACACCGACGCAGGGCCGAAAAAACGCUGCCCCAUAAUGGCAGAGUCCACCAAGGAGCUCACGGACGAGGGCGCCAAAGUCACGACGACCGUAGAAGGCAGCGAUGCGACCGCGGCGGCGCCCGCCGAGCCGGCUGGCAAGAAGGGCUACUGGAUUAUUCAUAUUUUGGCCAUAAAAGAUGAGCAAAAGUUCUUCGCGCACCUGUCGCUGGCCAACUCCAAGACGAAAUACGGCGGCAAAACGCGCAUCUUCGCGCCCGUGAAGGCGACGCUGAAAGGAGACCCGGUCGCAUACUGCGCGGUGAUCGAAUUCCCGUCGGUUCAGGCUGCGAUCGACUGCUGGGACGACGAGUCGGACUACGCCGAGGCCCGGGCGCUGCUGGGCGAUCCCGAGACGGACGUCGUGGACCGCCGCGUCUGUGUCAUCGAGGCUGACUCGCUGCCCGAGCUCAAGCCCGGCCAGGGCUUCUGGAUCAACCACGUCCACGCCGUAAAAAUUCAAGAUCAGUUCAUGGCCUACGCGGGUCAGUCGAUCCCGCUUUUCUCGUCGGCGACGAUGGGCCCGGUCGUCCACCAGCACGUCGGCGCGGGAGCCACUUCGUACACCGUCGCCUUCGCCGCGCUGUUCGGGCUCGAGUCCGCCCAGGCCGGCCUAGACAUGCCGGCGAGCGACGCCUACACGGCCGCAAAGGCGGCAGGCGGCAUGGCCGAGGGCGAGGACGACGUCGUCGACCGCACGGUAUGCGUGAUAGAGUAUGAUCAGCAGUACGACCAGCUCGCCGCGAAGUAGCUUUCCGCAUUGAUCGCUCUCCACUGGCACGUCUAAUCUAACUCAUAUUACUACG